AUGGUUUCCCGUCCCGCGCCGAUCAUGCUCAAGUUCCCCGACUUCAUCGCGCCCAUCCCCUACAAGCUCCGCUGCCACGCGCAGGAGUACCAGGUCUCGCGCGAGUCCGAGCAGUGGCUGCUCAGCAUGGCCAACUUCACCGAGAAGCAGACGGGCAAGUUCCUCCGGCUCAACGCGGGCCUCCUCUCCGGCAUGUGCUACAUCGACUGCUCCUUCGACGAGCUCCGCGUCUGCACCGACUUCAUGAACUUCCUCUUCACCCUCGACGACUGGACCGACGAGUUCGACACCACCGGCACGCGCGGCCUCGGCGAGUGCAUCAUGAACACGCUCUACCACCCCGACACCUUCAAGUCCGACACCGCUGCCUACCGCCUGACGCACUCGUUCUGGACGCGCAUGCGGGAGACGGCGGGCCCUGGGUGCCAGCAGCGUCUCAUGUACACCCUCGACGUGUAUUUCCAGGCGAUCAUGCAGCAGGCCUCCGACCGUGGCUCCGGCAACGUCCCCGAUCUCGAGGAGUACAUCCUUCUCCGCCGUGACACCUCGGGCUGCAAGACUGGUUUCGCGUUCAUCGAGUACGCCGCGGGCAUCGAUCUGCCGGUGGACGUCGUCGAGCACCCCGUCAUCGAUGGCCUCGCGAACGCGACAAACGACCUUGUCUCCUGGGCGAACGACGUGCUCUCGUACAAUGUUGAACAGUCGCGCGGUGACACGCACAACCUUGUCGUUGUCCUCAUGGCCGCCAACAACUGCGAUCGCCAGGAGGCUAUCCAGCUCGCGUACGAGCUGUGGAACCAGACGCUGCAGUACUUCUUCAAGACGCGCCAGGAGAUCCCGUCCUGGGGCGAGGAGAUCGACCGCGCCGUCGGCUUGUACGUGCAGGGCCUCGAGGACUGGAUCAUCGCCAACGCCGAGUGGUCGUUCGAGACGAAGCGCUAUUUCGGGGAUGACGCGGCCAAGGUCAAGCAGACCCUCGAGGUCGAGCUGCUCCCCCUCCGCCAGUAG